AUGGAAAAAACGCCAGAAGACACGAUCCGCAACCGCAAACCGCCCCCAACGGCCCUUCCGACCGGGUUACCCACACACAACGACUACGACGAGAAGAACGACCCCAACAUCUCAAGGGGAAUCAGCGUCGUCGACAUCCUACGCGUGCUCACGGGCGCGCUCCUCCUCAGCGCGAUCUUCAGCUGGUUCGUGACGGACGGGGAAUCCAUCACUUGGGGCUACAAGCCGAGGGCUCUGAGGUGGAAUAACCUGAAGAAUUUAUUUGUACUGCUUAUUCCCCCCCCCCUCCCCCUCCUGUUCCCACUGCCAGCUUAUCUCUCUAUAUGCUUUAGUAUGGUAUCGCUAAUUUGAUUUCUUGCGGGUUCUUUCAAGAAAACGCCACUGGUGUUGACGGACGAGCAGCUCUCGCGGUACUCCGGUGCGGAUCCCGGGUUACCCAUUUAUAUCGCCAUCAAUGGGAGCGUUUUCGACGUCUCGGCCUCCCCGCAGACGUACGGUCCCGGCGGCUCGUACGGUUUCUUCUCCGGUAAGGAUGCGUCUAGGGCCUUCGUGUCUGGGUGCUUCCAGGGUGAUCUUACCUGGGAUUUGAGGGGGCUGGAGGAGAUGUACAUCACUGGGGACGUUAGAGAGCUGGAUGAUAAGGAGCUUAACGAGAUCUCGAGAUUGGAGAGCACUGGUGAGAAUGAUAGCCGGGUCAGGUACUUGAAGAAGCGGAGGAAUAAGCGUAGGAAGGAGGCGUGGGAGAAGGUUGAGGAGGGCAUCGCCCAUUGGGAAAACUUCUUCAGGAACCACGAAAAAUACUUUUAUGUUGGCAAGGUUGUGCACCCCGAUUUGAGUGGGACGCCUAUCAGAGAGCUUUGUAAGGGUGAUAAGAAGCCAUAG